AUGCUAUUUCUAAGGAAGUCUGUGGUUGUGAAGAUCUCUGUAUUUGGGAUCAUUUCAUUGUUAUUACUUGCAUUAUUUUCAUACCAUACGGAGAAAAUACAAACUUCGUAUGGUACAAUCAAGGAGAGUGUCACUAAUCUAAAACCCAAGAUUGGUUCGAUGAAGGAAAACAUUGGAAGUUAUGUAUCCAAUGAUAAGGCCUAUAAUGAUGCAGUUGAGAGUGAAUUAACGCAUGAAUUAGAUGAGGAAAAUGGCAAUUUGCUUGAAGAUAAUGGUGACGAAGUGAUUAAAUAUAUCAAUACAUUGGCAUUGGAAGAUGACAAGCUUGUUAGGCGUAGCCAGUACUUUCAUAAAAUUUUCAAGCUAAUAUCUAAAUUUAAGCCAAUUUUGGAACCACUAGAUACUUAUUUAAGUGAUAAGAUCUCAGUUCAAUCAGUUGAUGGAUUUGACGAACCUGCAUUUACAAAGGAACAAUUGGAGAAAUACUUGGUUGUCAAUAGGAAAGAUGUUGAUGAUUUACAAGAAAACCUAAAUUUUUAUAUUAGUAACAUGACUGAAAUUGGCGAGUAUCCGGAAAAUAUAUAUGAAAAGGGGACAAACGGUAUUGUCUAUGUGGGUGGUGAAAAAUACUCGUGGUUGACGUUGAUGUCGAUAAUGAAUAUAAGGGAAGUAGGGUCCGAAUUACCAAUUGAAGUUUUGAUUCCCAAUAGAGAAGAGUAUGAGUUUGGGUUCUGCAAAGAUAUUCUACCAAAGUAUAAUGCAAAAUGUAUCUAUUUACCAAAAUUGGUUGGAUUGAACGUCUUCAAUGAAUAUCAUUUCAAAGGUUACCAAUUUAAGAGUUUGGCUAUUGCAUUAUCCAGUUUUGAAAAUAUCCUAUUAUUAGAUGCAGACAACUCGCCCUUGGUCAAUCCAGAUUAUCUAUUUACUUCAAAAGUCUUCCAGGAUAAUGGACUGGUUCUCUGGCCUGAUUUUUGGAAACGUACAACACAUCCAGCGUUUUAUGAAAUUGCGGGAUUUGAUAUCGAUUUAACUAGAAGACGUGACUUUGGUUAUAAGGAAUACGGCGAACAUGUGAAAAAACUCUGCAAGGACGAUGAAGUCUUGUUCCAUCAAUUAGAAGGCACGCUACCGGAUCCUUCGACUGAAUCGGGACAAGUCUUAUUCUCGAAGAGCAAACAUUUUAAGACGAUUCUACUUUCACUCUACUUGAAUUCUUAUGGCCCAGAUUAUUACUAUCCCUUAUUAUCACAAGGUGCUGGUGGCGAAGGUGACAAGGAAACAUUCAUAGCGGCAGCUCAUAUACUCGAGGAGCACUAUUAUACUGUUAAAAAACACGUUAUCGCUUUGGGUAGAUUCAGAGACGGUGAAUUUAAAGGAUCUGCGAUGGGACAGUUCAAUGCUGUAGAAGAUUAUGAUAUUUUUGAGAGAUAUCAAGGGUCCAAUGAGGAAGUUGACGAAGAGCCUGGACUGUUAUUUGUCCAUGCAAAUUUCCCCAAGCUUGAUCCUUGGGAGUUGUAUCAAAAUGAUGUCAUUAUCGACAAAUCAAAGAAUGAACGGAAUAGAUUAUUUGGUGUUGAGUUUAUUGAUAGGGUUGGAUACGAUUUCGAAUUGAAAACUUGGGAAAAUAUGAAGCAGUUACUCUGUGACGAAACUUUAGAGUUUGCUACUUUUAAGAAUCAUGAUGUCACAACGAAGCAAGUAUGCGACGAAGUUUUGUUGCAAUUGGAAUACCUCAGAUCAACAUCCAAAAAUGUAUAA